AUGGGCAACGAGGCCCACGACAUUGACGUAUGGGCCGACGAGUCCACCCUCGACGAUGCAUCGUACGAUCGCGUCAUGGCCGAUAGAUCAUGGAAUCGUAUGCAUCAACAACACGGAGUUAUCGGAUACAAGGAAGGCAAGAGUGAAGGACGUGAGAAGGGACUGCAAGCUGGAUUCGAUCAAGGGCUGAAAAGAGGUGUUGCGCUGGGUGUUUGUGUUGGGAGGGCUGGUGGUAUCAUUAGCACACUGCAAACAUACAACACCCAUAAAGCCUCCCCAUCCGAAAAGCUGUCGGGCGAUAUCUCGUCCAAGCUUGAAGCACUGAAACAGGAAUACGAUGAUCUUACUGUAGACAAGGUAUUCACUGCUAGAUAUGUAUCAGAGUGGGAUGAGGAGAACAGUGUUGAGGUUGUCGCGUUGAGGGAACGGGUUGAUGCGUUUUUGAAGAGAGUUAAGGAGGUUGCUGCUGCUUUGGAUAUCAGUGUCUAG